AUGUCGAACCCAGACUACAUAGCUGAGAAAGGUUCGAGCAGGCCGCGUUCGCGAUUUGUGUAUCUGCUCAAUAUUCGUAAUCAUGAUUUCUCCCCAGAAAAAUGCAAAGUGUUCCUGAAGACGUUCACCACCACUUGUACCGUCGGCGAGAAGAAGUACAUGAACUUGCUGGAAAAUAUAUCACGUCGAAAGAGUGAUGCCCUUGAUAUUGAUCUUGCUGAUUUGCAGGAGUUUUGUGCAGAGGAAGAAGGUUUUGGCAGUUUCUAUGACAACCUAUUGUCGAAUAGUCGCCGCUAUGUGUCCUUGUUCGCUGAAGCCGCAGACGAGCUAAUGCCUCGCAGAGCGUCGGAUUUGAUGGACGAAGACGACACAUUUGAUAUUCUUCUGCAACAAAGAGAAAAUGUUGAGGCAAAUACUGAUGAUGUGCAUGGUUCUAAUCAAGGAUUGCCCAACUUAUUGCGGCGCCGUUUCAGAGUAUAUUUGAAGCCCAGCGUAAAAAGCGAGAUGCGGGAUCUUAGGAGCAUACGGGCAGCCGACAUAGGGCAUCUUGUUACUUUCAAGGGCAUAUGCACUCGCGUCGGAGACGUCAAACCAUUGAUAGAAGUCGCCUGCUUGACGUGUGAUAGUUGUGGUUUUGAAAUCUAUCAGGAAAUUUUGGGCGAAGCUUUCAAUCCUAUCAGCAAAUGUCCGUCUGGCGUAUGCAGAAGCUCAUCAAACACCAAGGACCUGUUCCUGGAGACGAGAGCUUCAAAGUUUACCAGAUACCAGGAAGUGAAAGUACAAGAGAUGUCCGAGCAUGUCCCCGUCGGCCACAUCCCUCGCUCUAUAACCGUGCAAGUGAAGGGGAGCUUGACCAGAAGAGUGGGACCUGGCGAUAUCGUCGUUGUAACUGGGAUCUUCUUGCCAAAAGCAUUUACCGGUUUCAAGGCAAUCAACGCUGGACUCGUAGCAAACACCUUUGUAGAGGCUAUGUCGGUAACACAAAGCAAGUUCAGAAGCUUGGACUCAUGCGCUUCUAGCGAUAUGAUGGACACACUCCAUAGAUACCGGAAACAUCCGGAUGUAUAUGGCAGACUCGCACAGUCAAUUUCUCCAGAAAUAUUUGGACAUGAAGACGUUAAGAAGGCGUUGCUUUUAUUGCUUUGUGGUGGUGUUGCAAGGAGGUUGCUCGACGGUAUCAGAAUUCGUGGUGAUAUUCAUGUUUGCCUCAUGGGCGACCCAGGUGUUGCGAAAUCUCAGCUUUUGAAACACAUUGUGACGGUUGCUCCCAGAGGAGUGUAUACUACCGGACGCGGUAGUAGUGGUGUGGGCUUAACAGCAUCUAUCCAGCGAGAUACGCUUACCGGCGAAAUGAUCUUGGAAGGCGGUGCGUUGGUCCUCGCUGAUAAUGGGAUUUGUUGUAUCGAUGAAUUUGACAAGAUGGACGAAAGUGAUCGCACAGCGAUUCACGAGGUCAUGGAGCAGCAAACCGUUAGUAUUGCAAAGGCAGGAAUAACCACGACCCUGAACGCACGGACAUCUGUUCUUGCUGCGGCAAAUCCUGCUUAUGGACGCUACAAUCUCGCUGCAACUCCACAGGAGAAUAUCAAUUUGCCUGCAGCUCUUUUGAGCCGCUUUGAUCUUAUGUGGCUCAUUCUCGAUGCAGCAAGUGCUGAUACGGACAUGGCCCUCGCGCACCACGUCAUCCAUGUUCAUCGAGAAGGCAGAGCACCGGGGCUAUCAUUCGAUCCGAUAGGGCCUGUUGAACUUCGUGCAUACAUCGCGCAUGCUCGAACCUUCCGACCCAGUGUUCCAGGUGAACUCGCUGACUACAUAGCCUCUGCAUAUGCCGAAAUGCGCCAAGAUGAGCUCGACGCCGGUGAAUUGGCAAUGGGAUAUACCACUGCGCGUACUUUGCUAUCAAUUUUACGUUUAUCUGAAGCUCUUGCUCGCUUGCGAUGGGCUAACCAGGUUGUUGAGGAUGACGUGAACGAGGCUUUGCGUCUGAUUAAAAUGUCGAAGGUCAGCCUUGAGGACAGGUCAGACGAUAUCCCCGCGAAACUCGAUCCGAUCACGGCUGUAUACUCGGCCCUUCGCGAAUGGGCGGAUGCACACUUCUCCACAGAAGUUUCUUAUGAGCGCGCUCUCUCCUUAAUAGUCAGUAAAGGGUACCCGAAAGAGGUUUUGGACGCGUGCCUCGAAGAGUACAGCAGCCUAGACGUUUUGGUGCUUGAUGGAGACAACAAUAUUUUCUUCGUUGAGUGACAUACGAAUGAGAUAUAUAGUGGCCUUAUUAAUUACUUUAUUUAUUUAUUUCAUAUUCUAGCUAUGAU